GCAAGAAUACGAUGCUGUAUCAUGGCAGGAAUAAAGCGCGGAGGAAGAUGAGGCAAAGAGUGAGCGCUUCGCAAAACGCUUGAGGCGCGAGGAGAAUACCUGCGGAUGCACAUGCACGGUCCACUCAUAAUUAUUCAUUGUGUCUUAGUCUCUCCUCCAGUGAAGAAGUUAGUAGAGUCAUGAAGUGCCUCCACCCCGAACAAGCGAGGGAGGGUCUCGUGUCGCGGUAGGACGACAGUGGUCGAAGACGACCACGCGGCACUGUCCACCUCCACACGCAACAAGCACCAGGUACAGAGAAGACCGGAGAUGUGGUCCUCCAAGCAGCAAAUGCGCGGACGGGCGAGUUCGAAAACCACACGCAAUCGGAGACCGCAGCAGUGUGGGUGGUUUUAUUUGUCGCUUGUCGAGCUGAGUUGCGCAGUCGAUCCCCGCUACGCGCCCUACCUCUCCCGUACGCAGCAAUACCUGCAGGAUGCGAAGGAAGCCAAUGAUGCCGCGAAGCGGUACCAAGAACUGACGGCGCAUACCCUGAGCAACAAUGUAUCCAGCCCAAAAUUUUCAUCUUGUGUGUACAUUUACAGAAGUGUCUCAUACUAGUACGCAGUCACAUGAGGAGACGCAAAGAUAUCUGGACUUUCGCCAUGGGCGCAGGAGGAUGACACCGACGAAGCACAAUGUUGAUACGGCUAUAAGUAGUCCUAAUGCUAAGCAGGACUAUGACCCGAGCCAGUUUUGGUCGUGCGUGCGCCCAAUGUUUCUUUCUUUAUCCUAUCGAAACAGGGCAACUUUUCCAUGGGGAUGUUAAAUGGCUAUGGCCAUAGAGGUGCUUUCCCAUUUUGACUAUGGGUUGGGUAUGUUUUUAGUAAGGACUGGGCAAGCAAAGCAGUCCGUUGCUGCACAAACCGCGAUCGCGACAGAAAAGGAACUCGCUCGGCUCCACGUCAAAGAGUGGGCCGCCGCAACAAAGAAGGUGCAAGAUCUAUUGGACAAUCCUGGGGCGGCUAAGGCAGCAUCCGCGGCUGCCACAGCGAGUGCACCCUUCGGAAAAGGUACCUAUUAACUUCUUUCUCAUUCUUUCUACGCCGGAGCCGGACAAUUAUCAACUUCAUAAAAAACUUCGACAACUCUUAUUCUUUCUAUGGUGUCGCUGGUACAAAAUUUUCACGUCAUUUCUUUUUUUAUCGGUCUGGUUUUGCUUAUAAAUGCACUACAGUGCAGCUGUAGCUGCGACUUUUUUAGAAACGCGCACACGCUGUACGACAACGUAUCCGUCCGUGUCGCAUCAAAACGAAAACAGUGGCCUCCUCGUACCACGCCAGUAUGUUGGGGUAUGACACGGCGGCACAGGAUUAUGCGACCCGGGUUCAGGAAGAUGUCGAGCUCGCGCACCAGUUGCAGGGCUACGCAAAUCAGGAAAUUCUGGAAGGCCAGCGCCCCGCGGUCGCGGACCAGUACCACGCCCAGGCGGUAAAUCUGAUGCAGCAGGCACAGGGCUAUGAGAAGCUUGCCAAGCAGUACAAUUUCAUGGCGCUCAAACUCCAGGCGGUCAUUAUCUUCAAAAAGCAGAACACCACCGCAAUUAGCAUUGCAUGUCUGCGCUACAAUUGCAGAUGAAGUGUCUGUGCAUAUUAAAAGUGCACUGCAGCCAGGCCUUACACGACGUGUUUUAUCCGCAACAGAUCACAAAGACGAAGCUUCGUCGUUAAUAUUCGGAACACAUUUAUUCUCAGGCAAAAUUUGCCAAGAAUGUGAUGGUCGUGCUUUUGUGUAGUUUCAUAUUCAUUCCGCAGAUCGUAACGGAAGGGAACCAGGCAGCUGCGCACGCUGCUUUCGAGGCCGAUAUGAUGGUGGACACGACUUCAUCCCUUUCUCACUCUGUCCUUGUAUCUUGUCAUGCAAAUAAUUAAAGCUACUUCAACGAACUUCUCGAACAUUGUCCCUGUAGAAGUUUUUGCUGGGGACGACAAAGAUACGGCUCAAGAUGAAGAAGUUGUGAGGAGGGCGACGUAGUUUUCCACUGCCAUAGCCUACCCAGGCAAUUCGCUGCCUGUUGAGGAGGUCGUGAAUUGGACGGUGGAACCACCCUACCUCGACAAGGAUGGAAACCCCGUGAUCCCAAGUAACCCUCCUGCGCCCGGUAGCAGCUAG